CACGCGCGGACGACGGGACCAGCGGCGGCGGUGGGGCCGCGAGCAGCAGGUGCGAGCCAGACGCCAGGGCCCGGACUCAGGCCACACCGAGGUCUGCCCUCCACCACUGGCCGCACUGAGGACGCCAUGAGCCAGUCGGGGUCUAUGAGCUGCUGCCCAGGUGCUGCCAAUGGCAGCCUGGGCCGGUCUGACAGUGUGGCCAAGAUGAGUGCCAAGGACCUGUUUGAACAGAGGAAGAAAUACUCCAAUUCCAACUUCGUCAUGCACGAGACCUCCCAGUACCACGUCCAGCACUUGGCCACAUUCAUCAUGGACAAGAGUGAGGCCAUCGUGUCGGUGGACGACGCCAUCCGGAAGCUGGUGCAGCUGAGCUCCAAGGAGAAGAUCUGGACACAGGAGAUGCUGCUGCAGGUCAACGACCAGUCACUGAGGCUGCUGGACAUGGAGUCCCAGGAGGAGCUGGAGAACUUCCCGCUGCCCACCGUGCGGCACACCCAGACGGUGCUGAACCAGCUGCGCUACCCGUCGGUGCUGCUGCUCGUGUGCCAGGACUCGGAGCAGAACAAGCCCGACAUCCACUUCUUCCACUGCGACGAGGUGGAGGCGGAGCUGGUGCACGAGGACAUCGAGAGCGCGCUGGCCGACUGCCGCCUGGGGAAGAAGAUGCGGCCCCAGACCCUGAAGGGCCACCAGGAGAAGCUGCGGCAGCGGCAGUCGGUGCUGCCUCCGCGCCAGGGCCCGGCCCCCGUGCCCUUCCAGCACUACGCCCAGAACUCUUCGCCCCCCAAGAACCGGGUGGGCCCGCCCGUGUCGCCCAGCGAGCCAGGCUUCCGCUCUCAGGAGUCGCAGGACGAGGAGCCCCCGCGGGCCGUGCUGGCCCAGAAGAUCGAGAAGGAGACGCAAAUCCUCAACUGCGCCCUGGACGACAUCGAAUGGUUCGUGGCCAGGCUGCAGAAGGCGGCGGAGGCUUUCAAGCAGCUGAACCAGCGCAAGAAGGGGAAGAAGAAGGGGAAGAAGGGGCCUGCAGAGGGUGUCCUCACGCUGCGGGCGCGGCCCCCCUCCGAGGCCGAGUUUGUGGACUGUUUCCAGAAAACCAAGCUGGCCAUCAACCUGCUUGCCAAGCUGCAGAAGCACAUCCAGAACCCCAGCGCCGCCGAACUCGUGCACUUCCUCUUCGGGCCUCUGGACCUGAUCGUCAGCACCUGUGGUGGCCCGGACAUCGCACGCUCUGUCCUCAGCCCCCUGCUCUCCCGAGACGCCGUGGGCUUCCUUCGGGGCCACCUUGUCCCCAAGGAGAUGGUGCUGUGGGAAUCACUGGGGGAGACCUGGACACGCCCCCGCUCCGAGUGGCCACGGGAGCCGCAGAUGCUCCCCUACGUGCCCAAGUUCCACAGCGGCUGGGAGCCGCCCCUGGACGUGCUGCAGGAGGCGCCCUGGGAAGUGGAGGGGCUGUCCCCUGCCCCUGGUGAGGAGCGGACUCCAGUAAGCCGAUCAUCCUUCCGAAACACUCGGAAACACAGCCUUGUAUCUGAGCCCACACCCCCUGGAGACCUCCACCCAGUCAGCUCCCCGCAUGCUCAUAGGGGCUACGACCCGGCGCCAGCCAUGGCCAAGUAUGUCAAGGUCCUCUACGACUUCACAGCCCGGAAUGCCAAUGAACUGUCAGUGCUCAGGGAUGAGGUCCUGGAGGUGCUGGAAGAUGACCAGCAGUGGUGGAAACUUCGCAGCCGCAGUGGCCAGGCCGGCUACGUGCCCCACAACAUCCUGGUUGAGGCCCGGCCCGAAGAUGUGGGCGCCCCCCUCGAGCAGGUGAUGGGGGCUGGCCCGAAAUACUGGGGUCCUGCCAGCCCCACCCACAAGCUGCCCCCAAGCUUCGCUGGAAAUAAAGAUGAGCUUAUCCACCACAUGGACGAGGUGAACGACGAGCUCAUCAAGAAGAUCAGCCACAUCAAGGCGCAGCCUCAGCGUCACUUCCGCGUGGAGCGCAGCCAACCCGUGCGCCUGCCUCUCACCUACGAGUCGGGCCCCUUGGAGGUCCGCGCCUGGCUGGAAGCCAAGGCCUUUAGUUCGAGGAUUGUGGACAAUCUGGGCAUCCUGACCGGGCCGCAGCUCUUCUCACUUAACAAAGACGAGCUGAAGAAAGUGUGUGGGGAAGAGGGCAGCCGCGUGUACAGCCAGCUCACCGUGCAGAAGGCCCUCCUGGAGAAGCAGCAAGGUGGGUCGGAGCUGGAGGAACUCAUGAACAAGUUUCAUUCCAAGAACCAGAAGAGGAUGGAGGACGACAGCUAGGCCGGCCCUGCUGGCCACUGUGCUGCGGUGGGAGCACUGAGUAUUAUUUUUGUAUGUGUAUAUAUUCUGGACCAUGGACACAGCGGGGGUGUGGUGCCGACCCCAGGCCCUGCACCUGGCUGGGGGCCCGCUCACCUGCCUGUGGCACAUGACCUGGCCCUAGCUCAGCAGUGCCCCACCCCACGCUCACCUGCUUGCUCCAGAGUCCACCUCAGCCAAACUUGUCACCUGGAGGUGCCAGCCCCCACCCACCUGUCUCCUGGAGCCGGAGCGAUGGCCGUUCAGACGCAGCCAGCUCUCCCCACAUCCCUCCCUGAGGCCACAGAACCCUGCUUUCCUCUGGCCUCCUCCAUCCACAUGGGGGUCCCCGGCACUGGAGACGACUCCUGUCCCACCACGUGACUGCUCACAUUCACACCCACCUGUAA